UUAUUCGCUGAGCUAUAAACCCAAAAUGUCCGACGAUGAUUGUGAUAUUUUUGAUUUGCCUGUUAAACGGAUAAAUGCUGCCCCUCAAAAACAGUUUGUGGAGGAGCAGGAGUCCAGGCAAACGGACUAUGAUUUUAUUAAAAGCGAUCAGGUCGCCAAGAAACCAACAAAAGUCACAAAGCCCAAGUCCAAGGCGAGAGCGGGCAAUCGAAAAAAGCAAACCGACGAGAAGGAAUCCAACAAUAAUGAAAUGAAGGAGGCGCCGGCGCCUGCUGCUCGUGCUGCUCUGUCGCCCGUCUCGCAAUUGAUUUAUGAAAUGGAGCAAAAGCAAGACAAAGCUAACGCCAAAGCAAUUGAUGCUUUGCCAGUUUCCAGGCGCACACGCUCUUCGCUGGGUAAACACCUGCCUACACCAGAGCAAGAGAAUGAUCAAGAAGCUCCAGUAGCUGUAGAGGUAUCUCCUCCAAAGAAACGAAAUGUUCGUGCCAGAAAGAGCACAGUGGGUGCAAAAACGAGAAACUCUCAGACAGUAAAUAUAUCUGCGCCCAGUAGAAGUCGGCGGCAGGCAGCUGAGCUUGCAGCACGUUCACGUGUUGUGGAUUCCAUUGAUCUGGUUUCAGCUGUUGUCCCACGCAUUGAGGGCUUUGUAAACUUAGACUCGGACGAGGAGGAUUCCCACGUGGCCCUGGCAGAAGAGUCAGUUAAAGCCGCUAAUAAUUUUGAUGAUGAUAAUCCAAUAAUUCAGAUCAAUUUAAAUUGGCUUGGUGAAAUGCAACUGUAUCAGCUAAGACAACAUCAAAAGUUUGCGCACAUGUUCAAGGAAGUUUCACAACGCAACGUCGUCCCUAUAGAUGAUAUUGUUAUAAACAUGGACGAUCUUUUUAUAAGUCCAACGGAGUCGCCGCAAAGCGUGGGCGUGAAAGUCUAUCACAUAUUGAGUGGACGCGCUAUAAAAUCGAAUAAAAAGCAAACUGAAGCCAAGCAAGAUACUAAUCUUAUGUUGAAACCUAAGAAAUUUCAGCUUAAAGUGCAAUGCGAUAAGUGGAAGAAACCGUUGAUAAUACCAAUAAAAAAAACGGAACCUUUCAAGAUUUUAUACAUCAAGUGCGCAGAAGAAAUGGAAUGCGAUGUUCAGGGUUUCAAGUUGUUUUUUGAUGGCGAAUUACUGGACCCAGAUGAUACGCCCAAAAAUCAGGAUAUGGAAGGCAAUGAAGUAAUUGAUUUUUGUUCGAAAUAAGAAAAAAUACUUUUAAGUUUAUUUAAAAAUUAAAUUAAAUAUUUAUAAGAGCCCAAUAGCUUAAUACGUAUUUAAAGUAAUAUUCGUAAGUU